ACGGGAUCUUGUCAAUCUAUUGUCGAUUCAUCUUCGUCGUCUUCGGCGGCGCUUCUGCAGAUAUCCGGCACUGCAGCCGCAACGGUGCCUUCCCGCGACCACAGGGUCCUCGCUGGGAAUGCGGUUGAUGUUCCUGUGCAUUCGGUUGACGGGCGGAAAUCAACGGCUCACUCUCAUCUUUCAUCUACAGGAGAACACGCUGGCGUGGGACAAAAUGGAAGAUUGGAGAUUCGAAC